UUCAAACACUUUUGAUGGGCACAAAUUGUUUAUAAUUUGUACGCUUUAUUUUGAUAAAUUAUUGUAAAUAUGUUGCGCAAUCUAGUGCGUGGUUUUGAAAAUGCGCUGAAGUUACAAGUACGCGUCCCAGCACAUAAUACCGCACUAACUUCAGCAACAACAACAGUCGCUAGGCGCACGCUGUUUACACAACACGAAUAUGAGAGCCACACGAGACCGAAGACUUCUCUGGCAGUGGGCGCAAAUAUUAGCAGCCAUGCCAUGCCGGUUGAGGGAGACAAUGAUUAUGUGCCCUAUCGAGCAGAGCAAGAGACAGGCACGCGUGCAAGCGUUUUAAUUUCCAAAUUGCGAGAAUAUUUUCGACUAACAAAUGAUGAAGUGGCGCGCAUACUGAAUGAUGAAAAUGUGCAUCGAACUUAUCGCAAUCGCAGUCUGGGACAGACGUUGGACGAACUUCAGCUGGCGGGCGUCACAAAGCGCAGUAUUGUUGAAUAUCCUUGGCUAUUGGCUUUGGAUCCCAAACGUCUGGAUCUAAAGCUCAAGUUGAUACAAACUAUGGACACGCAGGAUAUAAACCAUUUUGUGCCCUUUUUGCGGCUUACUGUACCCCGUCUGCGUAAACUCGUCGGCGCUUUAAACGCCGAAAAGCUACCUCAACUGAAUCGUGUUUAUUAUAUCAGCGAAAAACUGGGAGUCAGUCCGGAGAUUGUGACAAAAUAUCUAUGCAAGCGGCUGUUUAUACUAGAGAUGCCCUACGAAAUGUUUGAGAAGAACUUAGAACAUAUGAUUCACUAUAAUGUAUCGCCCAUAAAUAUGUUGAAAGAUCUCUGGGCGUUUCGUUAUACACCCAAAUCGGUAGAGUUGCGAUUGGAGCGUGCUCAACGUGCGAAGAAAGAUAAAAUCAUGCCAUGGAUGGUGCGUUGUCCGGAGCCCAUAUUACAGCGUUCUUUAAAGCUCUCACUGGAUGAGCUGCAGGUGCUAGGAAAGUAUACAUCAGUUGUGGAGUAUGUAGCACAUCGCUUGGGCUUUACUGUAGAUGAAACUAAAGCCAUUAUGGACAGACAUCCUCAGGUGCACACUGUCAGAGUGACAAAAAUUAAGGAGGUGCUAGACUAUUUGCUUAAUGAAACAAAUUUCACGCGUUUCGAAAUUGCGCAGGUUCCGCGAAUUUUGUGUCAUAGCUUAAAGACCACUAAGCAAAGAAUGGAGGAGCUAGACUCACUUGGCUGCAGACCCUCCUCAGUGGUUAUUUUAUGUCGUAGCAGACGAGAGUGGGCCAAGUUUCUAGAACAGUGGACACCAAACCGAAGUGGUACUCAAGAAACCGCAGAUAAUAAAGCAGAGCUGUGAUGUAACGACGUUUUCUAGAACAUUUUAUUUGCGUUAAUUUAAGCUAAAAAUUCAGUUUGUUAAAUAAAGAGUAAUUA